CCAAACGUUAGAUAAGAAAAUAGUCAUGGCUUUUUGACACUAUAAGAGUACUUAUAAUAAUGCCAUCUGUAGCCGUUAACCAGAUCCUUGUUUUGCUAAUUAUUUUACAUGCUGGACAUUGCUUCCUGGUCUCGGACAAUGCUCCUCGGAAUGUUGUUGGAAAUCUUGGUCCAACUUAUCGUAUACCCUGGGGAACGUGGGGACGUCCGCAGUUUUGUGCACAAGGAUCUUUUGCUAUUGGAUAUGAAAUGAAGAUCCAGAGAAUGCAGUUAGAAGGUGACGACACAGCCCUGAAUGCCGUAAAGCUCGUAUGCCAAUCGUUAGAAGGUCAUCACUUUGGUGGUACAGCAACUUCGACAGUUGGUCUAUUUGGGAACUGGGGUGGAGAAAUAACAUGCAAAGACGGUUUCUUUCUUAAAAUGUUUGCGUUACAGGCAGCAGUCCAUCAGCAAAAUGGUGACGACACAGCCGCGAACUAUGUAAAAUUCAAGUGUCAAGAUUUUGCCUCAAAAGAGACCAGUUACGAACUAGCCAAACCACCAGGACACGGUUUCUGGGGUACAAUGGGAAGUUGGAGCAAAUCUUGUCCGGCAAACUCAGCUAUAUGUGGUAUUCGGACGAAGGUGGACGAUGACCAUCAUGGGAAUGAUAAAAUCUCUCUCACUGACGUUGAAUUUUAUUGUUGUGAUGAUGACUCUUGGAAAUAGGUUGAAAAAUAUUAUGUCAUUUUUU